GCUUUGUUUCUGCUCGGACGUUUUACGGAAACGGAAGCAACAUGACAGCUGAGGAAGACCUGGCUGUGACCGCGGGAGCAGAACGAGAUGAAGAGGCCAAACUGCAGGUGUUAAAAGGUGCAGCAUUUCUGACUACGGUGGCGUCCGCAGGGAUGAUCGCAGGAUUCGGCUCCACAUUGGCGCUCGCCAAGAAGAAAAGCCCGGAGUGGUUCAACAAGGGCGUCACAGCGACGGCGGCAGUCCCGGAGAGCGGCGCAUCUCUGGCCCUCAGAGCUCUGGGGUGGGGCUCGCUGUUCGCCUGGUGUGGAGUAGGCCUGCUCGGCUUCACCGUGUGGAAAGUCCUCGGCGUUCACAGCCUCCCAGAGUUCAGACAGAAGAUGCAGUCCUUCUUCCCAUCCAUCCCAAAGAGCGACAUAGCUGGAUCUGAACCUCUGGACUGGGAUGCAGUCUUCAAGUCGAAGUGACUCAAAUCAUCAGUGGGGUGAAAUCGAACGUGUACGCCGGCGUUUCUCAGACACUUGGCAGCUUUUUGUUGUUUCUGGAAGCAGUCGAGGAGCCGAAUGAACCUCCGAACCACUUUGAUCCCAGUUUGGUUCCAGCUUGUCGAAAAUGGAUCAGCUGUAAGACGAACAGACUGAGUUCUGAUUCGUUUUCCCCACAGAAGGCGAUGGAAGCAGUUAUAGUAAAGACCAUGGAAAUGAUAUUUUUCUCUGAAUGUGAUUCUAUAAUUUCAUUCUGAGUUGCUGCUUUCUUUGUGUUUUCUGCUGCUGGCAGUGUUCAAAGCUGUGAGAUGAAUGUAAAGAAGGUAGAACAUUUCUGAAAAUACUGUGUGAAAGGAUCAAAAUCAGAAAUAAGAGGUUGAGAAAAUGUUCAGUGGAGUUGAAAUAUUUAAGGAAAAAGGUAAAUGCAGUUAAUAUUGAGCAGCUGCAGUCAGUUAUUCUUUUACAACAGAAAUCACUAAUGAAAUGUGCUCUUUGCACCUUUUUCUUUAUGUAUCGCUCUGAUGCCUCAACUAAUUUCUAUUCAAAGUACUCAGGAUGUUGACAGCGUCAAUCAGCACGCUAAGGUUAGCUUAGCAUACACAGCAUGUAUCUGACAGCAGCAGCUUCAUCACAUCCAAGUCAUCUGUUUCUUCGUCAGUAUACAGUUUGUACAUGCUGCAUUCUCAGCUGCUGUAUGAAUUUAUAACGUCUGCGUAGCCAUGGAUAUCUGUGUUUCUAAUAAAAGUAGAGGUCCCAGCACAGAGUCAAGAGGAACUCCACAGCUAACU